GGCGGGAGGCGUGUUGUGCGGCGCGGCGGGAGGAGCGUCGGGGUUCGGGCUGUGGCGGCGAGGCGACCCUUCGCUCAGCGCCGCGGGCGAGGCGGCGGGUCGGCGAGGCGGGCGGCCACGGGAUCCCCACGGACUCGGGCGGCCAAGUCCGUCGCAGCGUCCGGCCCUGCCCCGGCCCCCUCGGCCUCCGGCGGCGAGGCGGGGGAGUGAGGAGAUGCCGACCCAGAGGGACAGCGGCACCAUGUCCCACACGGUCGCGGGCGGCGGCGGCGGGGACCAUUCCCACCAGGUCCGGGUGAAAGCCUACUACCGCGGAGACAUUAUGAUAACACACUUUGAGCCUUCCAUCUCCUUCGAGGGACUCUGCAGUGAGGUUCGAGAUAUGUGUUCUUUUGACAAUGAACAGCCAUUCACCAUGAAAUGGAUAGAUGAGGAAGGAGAUCCGUGUACAGUGUCUUCUCAGUUGGAAUUAGAAGAAGCUUUCCGGCUUUAUGAGCUGAACAAGGAUUCUGAACUCUUGAUCCAUGUAUUUCCUUGUGUACCAGAACGUCCUGGAAUGCCUUGCCCAGGAGAAGACAAAUCCAUUUACCGAAGAGGGGCACGCCGGUGGAGAAAGCUGUACUGUGCAAACGGCCACACUUUCCAAGCCAAACGGUUCAACAGGCGUGCUCACUGUGCCAUCUGCACAGACAGAAUCUGGGGGCUUGGACGACAAGGAUACAAGUGCAUCAAUUGCAAACUUUUGGUUCAUAAGAAGUGCCACAAGCUUGUCACAAUUGAAUGUGGGCGGCAUUCUUUGCCACCGGAACCAAUGCUGCCAAUGGACCAGUCCUCCAUGCAUCCGGACCAUGCACAGACAGUAAUUCCAUAUAAUCCUUCAAGUCAUGAAAGUUUGGACCAAGUUGGUGAAGAAAAGGAGGCGACCAACACCAGGGAAAGUGGUAAAGCAUCAUCAAGUCUGGGUCUCCAGGAUUUUGAUUUGCUUCGAGUUAUAGGGAGAGGAAGCUAUGCCAAAGUACUGUUGGUUCGGUUAAAAAAAACAGAUCGCAUUUAUGCAAUGAAAGUUGUGAAAAAAGAGCUUGUCAAUGAUGAUGAGGAUAUUGACUGGGUGCAGACAGAGAAGCAUGUUUUCGAGCAGGCGUCCAAUCACCCUUUUCUUGUUGGGCUGCAUUCUUGUUUCCAGACAGAAAGCAGGUUGUUCUUUGUCAUAGAGUAUGUCAAUGGAGGGGACCUAAUGUUCCACAUGCAGCGACAAAGAAAGCUUCCUGAAGAGCAUGCCAGGUUUUACUCUGCAGAAAUCAGUCUAGCUCUAAAUUAUCUUCAUGAGCGAGGGAUCAUUUAUAGAGAUUUGAAGUUGGACAAUGUACUGCUGGACUCUGAAGGACACAUUAAACUCACUGACUAUGGCAUGUGUAAGGAAGGAUUGCGGCCUGGAGAUACGACUAGCACUUUCUGUGGAACCCCCAAUUACAUUGCUCCUGAGAUUCUAAGAGGAGAAGACUAUGGCUUCAGUGUUGACUGGUGGGCUCUUGGAGUGCUCAUGUUUGAGAUGAUGGCGGGAAGGUCUCCAUUUGAUAUUGUUGGGAGCUCCGAUAACCCUGAUCAAAAUACAGAGGAUUAUCUAUUCCAAGUGAUUUUGGAAAAGCAAAUUCGCAUACCACGUUCUCUGUCUGUAAAAGCAGCAAGUGUGCUGAAGAGUUUUCUCAACAAGGACCCAAAGGAACGAUUGGGUUGUCACCCUCAAACUGGAUUUGCUGACAUCCAAGGACACCCAUUCUUCCGAAACGUGGACUGGGACAUGAUGGAGCAAAAGCAGGUGGUGCCGCCCUUUAAACCAAACAUUUCUGGAGAGUUUGGUUUGGAUAACUUUGACUCCCAGUUUACUAAUGAACCAGUCCAACUCACUCCAGAUGAUGAUGACAUCGUGAGGAAGAUUGACCAGUCUGAAUUUGAAGGUUUUGAGUAUAUCAACCCUCUUUUGAUGUCUGCAGAAGAAUGUGUCUGAUCCUCCCUUUCAGCUCUCAUUUGCUUACCGUCAUUUAGUGCAUGGAUCUACCUGUUAGCCUGGUCACAGUUGACAUUCUGUGUCAUCACCUACAGAUCUCUCACUAUCCUGUUAGAGACGACAGGAAUCAUAGAGCUAAGUAGAGCUAA